AUGACGGGGGGUGUUAGUGUCCGCGAUGUCGACGCACAGCAAUUUAUCACCGCCUACUCCGCUUUCCUGAAGCGACAAGGAAAGCUGCCUAUUCCCGGUUGGGUCGACACCGUCAAAACUUCUCCUUCCAAAGAACUCCCACCCCAAUCAAUCGACUGGUUCUACACCCGCGCCGCAGCCGUCGCCCGCCACAUCUACCUCCGCAAAACCGUCGGUGUCGGCCGCAUGCGAAAAGUUCACGGCAGCACCAAGAAUCGUGGCUCAAGACCCUCUCACCAUGUCGACGCUAGUGGAUCAGUGGACCGCAAAGUGAUGCAGGCGUUGGAGAAUAUCGGUGUGUUGGAGAAGGAUGAGGAGAGGGGAGGAAGGAGGAUCACGCAGAGUGGGCAGAGGGAUUUAGACCGGAUCGCUCAAACUACGCUUGAGGAGUCAGAUGAGGAGGAUGAGGAGUAG